AUGCAUGUGCUCCUAAGACGGUCGAAAAGUGGACGCCUAGGGAAGAACUUGCGUUUGUCACAAGCAUGGCUCGACGUAUCGGAAGAUGAGAUUGUUGGAAACGACCAAGAUAUAAAAGUAUUUUUGAGGCGUAUAUGUGAGAAGUUUUUCGCCGCAAUGGGUCGUGGUGAAUAUUGUACGGCCGACUCUUUUUCAGGCAAGUGGACCGCAAUGCGGACCAAGAUUACCAAUUUCAACAAUUCACAUAAUCAUUACACCAACAAUGUUAGAAGAAUAAGCGGUUCAAGCAACGUGGACGUUAUGACCUCUGCCCACAACGACUAUAGAUUGCAUCAUGGGCAUCCGUUUACGAUGAUACCUUCGUGGGAGCUUCUUUGCAAAUCUCUCAAGUGGCAUCUUGUACCGCCGUUUGACCCAACUGCCCAUAGGUCAAAACGGUCCAAAUCAACAUCCACUACCGAACCAUCCGAGUCUGAUGCUCGUACAACUAUUAAUCUAAAUGAUGACUUCGACGAAUUUGAACAACCGCAAGAGCUGCCAUGA